AGUGCAGCACCAGGCACCUCAAGCUGCCAGGCAAGCCCUGCUGGUCCCAGGGGGGCAGAGGGCAGGAGAAGGGAAGGAACCAUGCUCCUAGGCUGCCCACACCUCUGGGUACUGGUGGUCCUGGGCAGCUGCUGGGCAGGCUGGGGGAGACACGGGGCUGACGCAGCACAGCUGAGGCAGUUCUACGUGGCAGCUCAGGGCAUCAGCUGGAACUACCACCCUGAGCACACAAAUCUAAGUUCGAAUCCUUUUACAACUUUCUUUAAGAAAAUAGUCUACAGAGAGUAUGAAGCAUAUUUUAAGAAAGAAAAACCUCGAUCCAGCAUUUCAGGACUUCUUGGACCUACUUUAUAUGCUGAAGUUGGAGACAUCAUGAAAGUUCACUUUAAGAAUAAGGCAGACAAGCCCUUAAGCAUCCAUCCUCAAGGGGUCAAGUACAGUAAGUUCUCAGAAGGUGCGUCUUACCCCGACCACACAUCCCCCGUGGAGCAGAUGGACGAUGCUGUAGCUCCAGGCCAAGAAUACACCUAUGAGUGGCACAUCGGCGAGGACAGUGGUCCCACACAGGACGACCCUCCCUGUCUCACCCACAUCUACUACUCCUAUGUAAAUCUGAUUCAGGACUUCAACUCAGGGCUGGUUGGACCCCUCCUUAUCUGUAAGAAAGGCACCCUAACUGAAGAUGGGACUCAGAAGAUGUUUGACAGGCAACACAUACUGCUGUUUGCUGUGUUUGAUGAAAGCAAGAGCUGGGCCCAGUCGUCGUCCCUGAUGUACACGGUCAACGGCUAUGUGAACAGGACGAUGCCAGAUAUAGCGGUUUGUGCCCACGAUCAUGUCAGCUGGCAUCUGAUUGGAAUGAGUUCUGGGCCAGAGCUGUUCUCCAUCCAUUUCAAUGGCCAGGUCCUGGAGCAGAGCCACCACAAGGUCUCCGUCCUCAACCUCGCCAGUACGACAUCCACUACUGCAAACAUGACCAUGAGCCCAGAGGGGAAGUGGAUCAUCUCUUCUUUCAUCCCAAAACACUUCCAAGCUGGGAUGCAGGCUUACAUUGACAUUAAAAACUGCCCCAAAAAAACCAGGAAUCCUAAGAAACUAACCCGAGACCAGAGGCGGCACAUCAAGAGGUGGGAAUACUUCAUUGCUGCAGAGGAAGUCAUCUGGGACUAUGCACCUAUCAUACCAGCAAACAUGGACAAAAAAUACAGGUCUCUGCACUUGGACAAUUUCUCAAAUCAAAUUGGAAAAUAUUAUAAGAAAGUUGUUUACAAACAGUACCAAGAUGAGACCUUCACCAAACGUGUAGAGAAUUCCAAUAUCAAAGAAGAAGGAAUUUUGGGCCCUAUUAUCAGAGCCCAGGUCAGAGAUACUCUCAAAAUCGUGUUCAAAAAUAUGGCCAGCCGAGUCUACAGUAUUUACCCUCAUGGAGUGACCUUCUCUCCAUAUGAAGAUGAAGUCAACUCUUCUUACACCUCAGGUAGUCGCACCAUGAUCAGAGCAGUUCAACCAGGAGAAACCUAUACUUACAAGUGGAACAUCCUAGAGAUCGACGAACCCACAGAAAAUGAUGCCCAGUGCUUAACAAGACCUUACUACAGUGAUGUGGACGUUACAAGGGACAUUGCCUCUGGGCUUAUAGGGCUCCUUCUAAUUUGUAAGAGCAGAUCCCUGGACAAGAGAGGCAUACAGAAAGCGGCAGACAUUGAGCAACAGGCUGUGUUUGCAGUGUUCGAUGAGAACAAGAGCUGGUACAUUGAAGACAACAUCAACAAAUUCUGUGAAAAUCCUGAUGAGGUGAAACGCGACGACCCCAGGUUCUAUCAGUCCAACAUCAUGAGCACUAUCAACGGUUAUGUGCCUGAAAGCAUACCUACUCUAGGAUUCUGCUUUGAUGACACUGUCCAGUGGCACUUCUGCAGUGUGGGGACCCAGGAUGAUAUUCUGACCCUUCAUUUCACUGGUCACUCAUUCAUCUAUGGAAAAAGGCACGAGGAUACCUUGACCCUCUUCCCUAUGCGCGGAGAAUCUGUGACUGUCACAAUGGAUAAUGUUGGAACUUGGAUGCUAACUACCAUGAACUCCAAUCCAAGAAGCAAAAACCUCAAGCUGAGAUUCAGGGAUGUUAAAUGUAUCCGGGAUGAUGAUGACGACUCAUAUGAUUUCUAUGAACCUAUAGCACCUACAGUCAUGGGUACACGCAAAAUGCAUGAUUCUUCAGAAAAUGAACAAGAAGAAGACAACCCUGACUAUGAUUAUCAGGAUAAACUGGCUUCAGAGUUUGGAAUCAGGUCAUUCAGAAACUCAUCACUGAAUCAGGAAGAGGAUGAGUUCAACCUUACUGCCCUUGCUCUGGAGGACAGCUCCGAGUUCAUUUUCCCAAGUAGAGAUACAGCUAUUGACUCAAAUUCUUCUUCCCCAAGUAACAUUAGUAGGCUCAUAGCUAAUAACCUCACAGAACCUCAGAAAACCCUUCCUCACCCAGGAGCCACAAGAGUUGAUCCUCCGAGGGGUUACCUUGUUGGCUUAGGUGAGAACUCAGUUAUCAACCCUUCCAUGACAGAGCAUUCCAGCCCAUAUUCUGAAGACCCUCUAGAGGAUCCUCUGCAGUCAGAUGUCACAGGGAUAAGCCUGCUUCCACCUGGGGCAAAAGGACUGAGAAGUCCAGAGAGAGACCGAGUAGCAAAGCACAGGUUCUCCUGGAUGAAAUUACCAGCCUACAAAUUUGGGAGGCAUUUAAACCAUGGCAACACUUCUUCCAAAAGGAAACCCUGGAAGGAACUUCCUAGUGAGCCCUUACUCUUAAAACAAAAGAAUCCAUCCAAGACUUUGAAUGGGAAAUGGCAUUUGGUUUCUGAAAAGGGUAGCUAUGAAAUAAUUCAAGACACUGAUGAAGAUGUGGCUGUUAGUAAGCUGCCAAACAACCCCCAGAAUGUCUCAGGGAUGUGGGGAGGAAGCAUCUCUCCUAUAGACAAACCUAACAAGCCUAGUGACCACCCAAAGUUUCCUGGAGUUAGACAUAAAUCCUUACAGAUAAGACAGGAUGGAGGAAAUAGUGGGCUGAAGACAAGACCAUUUCUCAUCAGAACACGAAAAAAGAAAAAGGAAGAGAAGCUUGCAUACCAUGUUCCUCUCUCUCCAAGAGGAUUUAAUCCUCUAAGAGGAAAGUCCUACAACACAUUUUCAGAAAGGAUAUUUGAUCAUUCAUUGUUACCCCCCAAAUCCAAUGAAACAUCUCUUCUUGAAGAACUUAAUCAGACAUCCACAUCUGUCAAUUUUGGCUGGACAGUCUCACUUCUUGACCAUAAUCAAAACACUACAAACAAUACUAGCCAGACAAGCUACCAUCUAGAUCUUUCUCAGACAGUGACCCCAGAAGAGCACUAUCACACAUUUCCUAUCCAAGAUCCUGAUGGAACACACUCUACUGCAGACCCCAGUCACAGGUCCUCUCCUCCAGAGCUCAGCCAGAUGCUUGAUUAUGACCUGAGCCAUGAGUUCCACCCUACUGACAUGGGUCACAUGUCCCCUUCAUUGGAACCUGAAGGCUGGCAGACAACUCUCUCUCCAGAUCCCAAUUACCCAUUCCUCUAUUCAGACCAAGGUCAGAUGACCUCCUCCUCCCCAAACCUCAGCCAGACAACCCCUUCCCCAGACCUCAGCAAGACAACCCCUUCCCCAGACCUCAGCCAAACAGCUGUACCUCUAGUCCUUUAUCAGAUGCCCCCUUCCCCAGACCUUAGCCAGACAACACCCUCCCUAGACCUAGGCCAGAGGACCCUCUCUAAAGAACUUGGUCAGACAAGCCUGGACCCAGAUGAGGGUCAGAUAACUCUCUCACCAGAACUUGGUCAGAUAAAUCUGGAUCCAGAUCUGGAUGGAAUGACCCUCUCACCAGAACUUGGUCAGACAAACUUGGACCCAUAUGGGGGUCAGGUGGCCCUUUCUCCAGAACUUGGUCAGACAAACCUGGACCCAGAUGAGGAUCAGAUAACUCUCUCACCAGAACUUGGUCAGAUAAAUCUGGACCCAGAUGGGGGUCAGAUGCCCCUUUCCCCAGGCCUCAGCCAGGUGACUCUCUCUCCAGACCUGGGUCAGACAAUCCAUCUUCCUAAACUCAGUCCAACACUGCCUCCUCCAGAUCUUGAUCAUACAGCUUACCCUUCUGAGUCUAACCAGUUGUUGCCUCUUUCAGAAUUCAGUCAGACCUUUCCUUAUCCAGACUCUGUGCACAUGCCAUCUCCUCUGCCAUCUCCAACACUCGGUGAUGCUUUUGUAUCCGAGGAAUUUAAUCCACUGGUUGUAGUGGGCCUUAGUGGAGAUGAUGGAGAUUACAUUGAGAUCAUUCCAAGGAAGGAAGUCCAAAGCAGUGAAGAAGACUAUGUUGAAGUGGAGUAUGUCGCCUAUGAUGACCCUUACCAAACUGAUACUAGGACAGACAUCAACUCUUCCAGAAACCCUGACAGCAUUGCAGCAUGGUACCUCCGCAGCAACAAUGGAAACAGAAAAUAUUAUUAUAUUGCUGCUGAAGAAAUAUCCUGGGAUUAUUCAAAAUUUGCACAAAGUGAAAUGGACAAUGAAGACACUGACGACAUUCGAGAGGACACCACAUAUAAGAAAGUAGUUUUUCGAAAGUAUCUUGAUAGCACUUUUACCAUACGUGACCCUCAGGGGGAGUAUGAGGAGCACCUUGGCAUUCUUGGUCCUGUUAUUAGAGCUGAAGUGGAUGAUGUCAUCCAAGUACGUUUUAAAAACUUAGCAUCCAGACCAUAUUCUCUUCAUGCCCAUGGACUCUCCUAUGAAAAGUCAUCAGAAGGAAAGACUUAUGAAGAUGACUCUCCUGAGUGGUUCAAGGAGGAUAAUGCUAUUCAGCCAAACAGCAGCUACACAUAUGUGUGGCAUGCUACCGAGCGGUCAGGACCCGAGAGCCCUGGCUCCGCCUGUCGGGCCUGGGCCUACUACUCUGCGGUGAACCCGGAAAAAGAUGUCCACUCUGGCCUGAUAGGUCCCCUUCUGAUCUGCCGUAAAGGAACACUUCACAAGGAGAGCAACAUGCCCAUGGACAUGAGAGAAUUUGUCUUACUCUUUAUGGUCUUUGAUGAAAAGAAGAGCUGGUACUAUGAAAAGUCCAAAGGGUCUCAGAGACGUGAAUCUUCAGAAGUAAAAAACUCCCAUGAGUUUCAUGCCAUCAAUGGGAUGAUCUACAACUUGCCUGGUCUGAGAAUGUACGAGCAAGAGUGGGUGAGGUUGCACCUGCUGAACAUGGGCAGUUCCCAAGACAUUCACGUGGUUCACUUUCAUGGCCAGACCUUGCUAGAACAUGGCACUCAGAAGCACCAGUUAGGGGUCUGGCCCCUUCUGCCUGGUACAUUUAAAACUCUUGAAAUGAAAGCAUCAAAACCUGGCUGGUGGCUUCUGGACACAGAAGUUGGAGAAAACCAGCGAGCCGGCAUGCAAACGCCUUUUCUCAUCAUAGACAAAGAAUGUAAGAUGCCAAUGGGACUAAGCACUGGUGUCAUAUCUGAUUCACAGAUCAAGGCUUCUGAGUAUCUGAGUUAUUGGGAGCCCAAAUUAGCAAGAUUAAACAAUGUUGGAUCAUAUAAUGCUUGGAGUGUAGAAAAAAUUGCAACAGAAUUUGCCUCUAAGCCUUGGAUCCAGGUGGACAUGCAAAAGGAAGUCGUAGUCACAGGCAUCCAGACCCAAGGAGCCAAACACUACCUCAAGUCCUGCUACACUACUGAGUUCCAGGUGGCUUACAGUUCCGACCACACCAACUGGCAGAUCUUCAAAGGGAACAGCACCAAGAAUGUGAUGUAUUUUGAUGGCAAUUCAGAUGCCUCUACAAUAAAAGAGAACAAGUUUGAUCCACCUAUUGUGGCUAGAUAUAUAAGGAUCUCUCCAACAAGAUCCUAUAACAGACCUACCCUUCGACUGGAGCUGCAAGGUUGUGAGGUCAAUGGAUGCUCUACACCUCUGGGUAUGGAAAGUGGAAAGAUAGAAAACAAGCAAAUCACUGCUUCCUCGUUUAAAAAAUCUUGGUGGGGAGAUUACUGGGAGCCUUCCCUAGCCCGUCUUAAUGCCCAGGGCCGUGUGAAUGCUUGGCAAGCCAAGGCUAACAACAACAAACAGUGGUUACAAAUUGAUCUGCUCAAAAUCAAGAAGAUAACUGCAAUUGUAACACAGGGCUGCAAGUCUCUGUCCUCUGAAAUGUAUGUGAAAAGCUACACCAUCUACUACAGUGACCAGGGUGUGGAAUGGAAACCUUACAGGCAGAAAUCCUCCAUAAUGGACAAGAUUUUUGAAGGAAACAGUAAUAUCAAAGGACAUGUUAAGAAUUUUUUCAAUCCACCAAUCAUUUCCAGGUUCAUCCGCAUCAUUCCUAAGACAUGGAACCAAAGCAUUGCACUUCGCCUGGAGCUCUUUGGCUGUGACAUUUACUAGAGCUGAUUAUUUGAAAAACCAGAAGAGACUCUUUCAGACUUCCAAUCAUUCAGAGUGGACAGUGUGUUUUAUGGCUAUUUUAAAUAUUAACAUUUUCCCAUUAUUUCUCUUUUUUUCUAUUCUAUUAGAGAAUAAAAUUUUAUAUAAGAAAUUUUUAUAAUGCAAUUCAUUGCUGCCAUUCAAUGAGAUAGUGGCUAUUAUUUCUACAUUCAUUUGAAUAUAGAUGGGAAAAUAUCAUGAACCAACAAAAAAAAAUGACAUCUUUCACAAUGAUUAAAAAUUCUAUAUAAAGAAAUAUUCAUGUGAUUAAUAUGCUUCAUUAUAGCUUUUUCAAAUCCCAUAUGCAUUAAUAAAAGAAAGAUUACUUUAUAGACCUG